CCAUAUCCAGCAAAUCACGCAGAACCACUCCCAAGAAAAUAAAAAGAGGGAGACUUUGAAUGGAAGGUGGAAGACCCAGCUAUGGUAAAUCCAAGGACACACGAUAGCUUCGUCACGGUUGGCUCUUCUUUUGGGGGAAGUCAUAUAUUAAUGACUAGUACUCAGAGCAGCAGUAAAGUAGAAGAAAGCGAUGAAGAUCUUUUGAUGGUUCCUGAUGUAGAAGCGCCCCGCUCUUGUACAAAUAACAAGACUAGUAGCAGUUGUGGUGUUAAUGAUAAUAAUGGCAUGAUUAAUCCAGAGUCUCCGAACCAGCCCAAGCGUCGCAAGGGACGGAACCCAGUUGAUAAGGAGUACAGACGGCUCAAGAGGUUGCUAAGAAAUCGGGUGUCUGCCCAACAAGCUAGAGAAAGGAAGAAGGUGUAUGUGAAUGAGCUGGAAUCAAGAGCCCAAGAAUUGCAGGACAGAAAUGCAAAGCUAGAGGAGAAGAUUUCUACUUUAGUAAAUGAAAACACCAUGCUUCGAAAGGUAGGUACUCAUGAAUACCAGGCCUAAAGUUGAUGAACAUGUUGAGGGCAAACAGGAUCAGUUGGGUGAAGCAUAGGGACUCAUUGUGUUAUAUUAUUUGCUAAAGAACCAGUGUCUGGUGUGAUUGGGAGUAUCAAAUAUUAUUGCAGUUUCUGUCUCUUUUUCACUUCGGCUUACCUCUCUUUCAUUCAGUGGGCAUGUCAAAAAGCUUGUAUCCAACGACCAAUUAUUAUCAUACUCAACAUUUUGUACAGACCAGUAACUAAACAAUACUUACUACGCCUUUUUAAGAAUUUGAAAUCCUCUAAUCAUUAUCUUAAUAGUAAA